AAGUCGAAAAGCGGAAGUGACGUUGAAUGUUAUGGCGUUUCACAUGUAGAGCACCGAAAAUCUACAUUCAAAUUAGCGUGCAUUUGCAGUUUGAAAGAAAAGAUUAUACAUGCUAUGACAAAAUAAUUUAACGUAAUUUUCAAAGAAUAUUUUUUAGUAUUCGCUUCAAAACAUACAAGCUGAUUAAAGUUAAUCAGCUGGCUCCAUUGUUGGCUGGACCAAAACGAUGAGCACUCAAUACAGCAUUCUGUUUAAACAAGAGCACGCUCACGAUGACGCCAUCUGGACGGCAGCGUGGGGCAGGAGUGCGGCAGACGGCUCAGAAACCAUCGUCACGGGCUCACUGGAUGAUAUGGUGAAAGUCUGGAAAUGGUCAGAUGAGAAGCUGGAGCUGCAGUGGACCCUUGAAGGCCACCAGCUGGGCGUGGUCUCAGUGGACAUCAGCCACAAUGGUGCCAUCGCCGCCUCCAGCUCCCUCGACGCGCACAUCCGCCUCUGGGACCUGGAAUCUGGAAAACAGAUCAAGUCUAUGGAUGCAGGACCAGUUGAUGCAUGGUCGGUGGCCUUUUCUCCGGACUCUAAAUACAUCGCCACCGGCAGCCAUCAUGGCAAAGUCAACAUCUUUGGUGUGGAAAGUGGCAAGAAGGAGCAUUCCCUGGACACCCGAGGAAAAUUCAUUUUGAGCAUAGCUUAUAGUCCAGAUGGAAAGUAUCUGGCUAGUGGAGCCAUCGAUGGGAUCAUCAACAUCUUCGAUAUCGCCACAGGAAAGCUGCUCCACACGCUGGAAGGUCACGCCAUGCCCAUCAGGUCUCUGACCUUCUCCCCGGACUCUCAGCUGUUGGUCACGGCCUCAGAUGACGGCUACAUCAAAAUCUAUGACGUACAACACGCUAACUUGGCCGGCACGCUGAGUGGACACGGUUCCUGGGUCCUGAAUGUGGCCUUCUCCCCUGACGACACCCACUUUGUCUCCAGCUCGUCUGACAAGAGCGUGAAGGUUUGGGACGCCAGCUCCAGAGCCUGCAUCAACACCUUCUUCGACCACCAGGAUCAGGUGUGGAGCGUGAAGUACAACAGCACCGGCUCAAAGAUCAUCUCAGCUGGCGACGACCGCGCCAUCCACAUCUACGACUGCCCCAUGUGACGGAGACCUGUGACUCGGUUUUCAGGAGGGAGGGGCCUCCGCUUGUAAAUGAGAGGGUUUGUUUUGCAAUGCUGUCAAAAUAAAAGUUCUGUUUUUGUACAA